CGGCUCUGGUAAUUGAGGAUUUUAUCCAAGUGGGAGAAGAGGGAUUAGUGUUAAUGACUACAUGCCUUAAUUAGCCAUUUUAUUAACUGACUUCGAAAUAAUCCACUUUAAUGAGCAACAAAAAGUUCAUCUGGGACAUUGGAUUAGACAUUGUUCAGUGUUCUUACACAUUCAGCCAAACCAGUGCUACAAAUGUGGAGGUAUUUUAAAGAUCUAUCACCUGCAUCAAAAAGCAUAAGAUAUAUUGUUAUCUUUUAUAACGACUUAUGCAACAAAGACAAUACAAAUUAUUAUAAAUACACAAAAGUAAAAAAUAAACAUACAAAAUAAUCCUGGCCUGUUCAUCUAACAGUCUACACAAUAUUAAUAAUAUAAUAAUUCAUAUUUUGUGAUAGAUUUUAAUAGUUUGAAGUAGGAAGUGUUUUUGGGACGAGGGCAAAGCAAUAACAUCUAGGCCUAUACAUUAAGUUAAUUAAAAAAAAAAAAAAGUAGCAAAAAUAAACGAUAAUGGAAAAAAGGCGUCGAAAUGUGUUAGUUUUAAUAAAAAAAUCAACCAUAUGGACAAUAUUUUUCCCUUGGUCCAAGAAACAAUAUAUUUUCCCUAAAUCUCGUCAGGAACUUUUAGGUUGAAAAUUGCAGUUUGUCAUAUCUUUGGUCGCUGUGUUGAUUCUGGCUUCACACUCUCACACUCAUUGAUCAGAAUUUGAGUCACGGUUUAUGUUUUUGGAUAAUGGCCAGUGUUGAAUUCAUCAAAGACCUUUGUACUCCAGCGCUGGUUAUUGACCUGGAUAAAGUGAAAAGAAAUGCUGAAGGCAUGCGGGAGCGCUUCCAGAAGCUAGGGGUCCAGCUCCGUCCUCACAUGAAAACACACAAAACACUGGAAUGUGCGGACAUCAUGACAGGAGGCUCUCGUCGUUGUAUUGUGGUUUCUACUCUAGCUGAGGCGUCAUUCUAUGCUGAUAAUGGCUAUGAUGAUAUACUGUAUGCAUACCCACUGCCAUUUGAUAAAGUGGAGCGCUGUGCUGAGCUAUCUGAGAGACUCUCUCUAUUCCACAUCGUAGUGGACAACCGCCUUGCCCUACAGGAACUGAAGAAGAGACCUCUGAAGCAGGGAAAAGUCUGGAAGGUGUGGAUGAAACUGGAUUGUGACAAUGGGAGAGCGGGUGUUCCUCAUUCUGACCCAGCUGCACUAAAACUUGCCCAGGAGGUCUCUGAUACUGCAGGGGUGGAGCUGACGGGAAUUUACGCCCACUGUGGGAACACCUACGCCUGUCAGGGGGAGGAGCAAAUCAAAGCCGUUGCUCAGGAAACCACUACGAUCACGCUGCAGUUCAUGGAGAAGCUAAAGGCAGCUGGAAUACACACUCCCAAAUCCAGCAUUGGUUCCACCCCUUCCUGUAGCCACCCAGUUUCAGACAUGGCCAUGUUGAGUGAGGUGCAUCCUGGGAACUAUGUAUUUUAUGACGUGCAGCAGUCCCUCAUUGGGUCCUGUAGACUUGAGGAUGUUGCAGUACGGGUACUGACACGAGUCAUAGGUCACUAUCCACACAGGAACCAGUUACUUGUAGACUGUGGGUGGACAGCACUGAGUCAUGACGGUGGGGGGCGCUUACCCACAGGUUACGCCAUCAUUGAAGGACACCCAGAACUCAAACUACUGUCUAUGACUCAGGAACACGGCAGGGUGGAGCCCAUCUCUGGAAAACUGGACUUCAAGCAGUUCCCGCUGGGGUCACUCCUCACACUCAUGCCUUACCAUGCUUGUGCCACAGCUAUGAUGCAUCAGGUCUAUUUUGUCCAUUCCAAUGGGAAGAUUAUAGACACAUGGAAGCCCACUCGAGGCUGGUAACAAUCUCUAACAGAGGGACAGCUGGGGACCGUGGAUAGAAAUGUGUAGGACUUGUAGCACCUGCGAAUUUGCUGUCUAAGGCAGGUAUCUAUUAGAAACCCUUCUUAAGAGCUUGUUGAUCAGGAGCCAAGUGCAUUAUGGGUUGGAGGCAUGGCAGUUCUGUCCUUGAGGAGCACUCGUUGUUGAAAGUGUAUUAUUUCAGCAAAACAGCCUUUGUGUUAACUGGAAGGCUUACAUUGGACUCAUGAUUUAUUUUUCUCUGCUUCUUUAAAUUCUUAAAAAUACACUACAGUAUUCUUUGCUGACUGUGAUUUCUUCUUUGUAUCUGACUGAACUUGCAUGUUGUAUGUUUUAUGUGCUCAAAAGGACUUUUGGAAGGAUCUUAAAUUUCUGCUUUUUAUGAAAUGUUAACAACAUGCACCUCAGUUUGAAAUAAAAUCAUCUACCACAGUGGUAAUCAGAUGC